AUGCUCCUACCUCGCUUCUUCGCGGUUUUUGCCGCGCUCGCCGCCCUUAUUAGCUCCGCCACGAGUUCCCACAUAGUCCACAAUGGCGCUUGCGUCAAGAUGGCCUCUUCCGAUGGAAAAGGCACGCAGUACUAUGCACGCAUACCUCAGGGGUCAAAGUAUAGCCAUCCUCGCGACGUCGUUCCCGGGAACACCUUCAAGAAACACCUCAAGUCGUGCAACCUCGAAAAGUUCGAGUGCAUCUAUGACAACGAGGGCAACGCCCACGUCGACUUCAUCGUCAAGUCUCGAAAUCGGUGGUUCGCCAAGAACAAGUGCAACGUCGACGCUGUUCUUAAUGACGCUACCGAUGGCGAGUUCACCGUGAACUGCAUAGAUGGCAGUGUCGAGAAGCUUGCUGAUGCAUGGCGAGAUAACUGA